AUGGAUGAAGAAUCAGUAUCAUUACUCUUUGAGUACAUUCUAGGAUUGAGUGAUGUCUUUGAAUUCGAUACAGACAGACUAUUGUAAUGGAAAUGCAAACAAAACAAAGACUCUAAGAAAUUAUCAUUUAAACCAAAAGGUAAAUUCAUCAGCCAAAUCUCUACAGAAUUAAAUCAUUCAAUAAGUGUAAAAUUAGAUCAUUUGAGAGAUCAAUCAAAACAACAAACCGAUGCCAUCAUGUAUAAAUUUAAUACUCAAGAUCAUGUUCUCUAACAGCUGACUUAGCAAAUUAAAGAUAAACCAAGUCAUGAAGAUUUGUAUGAUAUUCAAAUUGAAAUUCGUCAAUUAAAACGAGAACGUCAAGAAGAUCUCACCAAAAUCUAAGCUCAAUUCAAUAAUGAAUUAACAACAAUUCAACAAUCCCUUGAUUCUUGUAUAAGUACUCAGGAUUUUCAUUCCAUCUUCGAAGAGGAGAUAAGUGACCAUAUGAGUAAACUCUAAGCCAAAUUUGCUCCUAAAGACCUAACCCUAUAACAAUUAGAUCUCCUGGAUUGUAGAUUUCAUCAUGUGAGUGAGUAACUAAUUGAGCUCAAACGAUUUACCAAUACUAAUAUUAACACAAUUGUGAACAAAUAAGAUUUCAUUCUAUCAGACUUAACUACAACUGUUAAAUUACACGAAUUUGAAGAAUUUGUAGAAUCUUCCAAAUAAUUUGCAACCCAAUCACAACUUACAUUAUUGCAGAAUCUCCUCCUACCCAAAUUCUAAGAAAUACAAGACAUUGUCGACAAAAGUGUAAAUGAUGUAGAAGGAUUCCGCAAAGUUAUCAAGGCAACAGAUUAUGAAUUAUUACAAAAGUCUACCAAAAUGGACUUCCUUAUAUUAAAAUAAGAAAAUGAAGAAAAUAGACUUAAAUCCUAAAACAUUUUGCUUUAAAUUUAAGAAACAUCAAAAUAAAUCACUAAAUUCUAUUAAUAUUUUGAUGACCAAAAGGCAAUUAUGGCUAAGGAAUUAACAGAGUAAAUAAUAAGUAAAAUAGAAGAAACUAUUAAGCAAAAUGUUAUCAAUCAGAUGGAAGCCUAUAAUCUUCAAGAUAUUGCAUAAUAAAUAGAUUGUCUUUAAGAUUUCCUAAAGACUAAGGCGAACAAGAUUGAUGUUUCGGAUGCUUUAAAACUAAAAUCAAAUCAAAAAGAAUUCUUGAAUCUUGAAGAUCAAAUCAAUAUUAUGAAUUAGACUUUUAAAUCUUAGAUUCGGAUUUUAGCUGAAUUUAUGGAGUUAUUUGGAAUGAAUACAGAUAAUGAAUCCAUGAAUUUUAAAAAGAAUACAAUUCAAAAAUUGAUAUUUGAUGCCAAAGCUCUUAAAAAUAGUUUUCAACAAUUACAUUAACUUACUGGAUUAGAAGAUUAACCAGCUACAACUAGAAAUAGUACUCACAGAAAGAAAUUCAGUACAUCUCCUAAAAAUAAUUAAGUCAAAUUACUACUAAGACCCUUAUUAUCAAACACAUUUUCUCUACAAUAAGCUAAAAGAAAUAAAUUGAAUGCUUCAAAUAUAUCAUGA